CCCCGAGACCCCGGGCGCCGGGCGGCGAGCCGGAGGAGGCGGCUUUCCUCGAUCGCGGGGAGCUCGAGGCGCCGGGGGCUCGCCGGCGAGGGGAGCGGAGAGCCGCGCCCGGCGCGCGGCGCGCCCCGCUCCCGCCCCCUGCACCAUGAGCUGGGGCACGGAGCUCUGGGAUCAGUUUGACAACCUAGAAAAACACACCCAGUGGGGAAUCGAUAUUCUCGAGAAAUACAUCAAAUUUGUGAAGGAGAGAACAGAAAUCGAGCUCAGCUAUGCAAAGCAACUCAGGAAUCUCUCGAAGAAAUACCAACCGAAGAAGAACUCGAAGGAGGAGGAAGAAUACAGGUACACGGCGUGCAAAGCCUUCAUUUCCACCCUGAACGAGAUGAACGAUUACGCCGGGCAGCACGAGGUCAUCUCCGAGAACAUGACGUCACACAUCACGGCGGAGUUGGCGCGCUACGUGCAGGAACUGAAGCAGGAGAGGAAAUCGCACUUUCACGACGGCCGGAAGGCCCAGCAGCACAUCGAGACCUGCUGGAAACAGCUCGAGGCCAGUAAGCGGCGGUUCGAGCGGGACUGCAAGGAGGCUGACCGCGCCCAGCAGCACUUUGAGAAGAUGGACGCCGACAUCAACGUGACCAAGGCGGACGUGGAGAAGGCGCGGCAGCAAGCUCAGGCCCGUCACCAGAUGGCCGAGGAUAGCAAAGCGGAUUACUCGUCCAUCCUGCAGAAGUUCAACCGCGAGCAGCACGAAUAUUACUACACGCACAUCCCCGCCAUAUUCCAGAAAAUCCAAGAGAUGGAGGAGAGAAGGAUCGUGCGCAUCGGCGAGUCCAUGAAGACCUACGCCGAGGUGGACCGGCAGGUGACGCCCAUCAUCGGCAAGUGCCUGGACGGGAUCGUGAAGGCAGCCGAGUCCAUCGACCAGAAAAACGACUCCCAGCUGGUCAUCGAGGCCUACAAGUCAGGGUUCGAGCCCCCGGGUGACAUCGAGUUCGAGGAUUACACGCAGCCCAUGAAGCGCACGGCGUCCGACAACAGCCUGUCCAGCUCCCGGGGCGAGGGCAAGCCCGAGCUCAAGUUCGGGGGCAAAUCCAAAGGCAAACUCUGGCCGUUCAUCAAGAAAAACAAGCUUAUGUCCCUCCUAACGUCGCCCCAUCAGCCUCCCCCCCCUCCUCCCACCUCUGCCUCAUCCUGUGCUGUUCCCAACGGCCCCCAGUCUCCCAAGCAGCCAAAGGAGCCCCUCUCCCAUCGCUUCAACGAGUUCAUGAUCUCCAAACCCAAAAUCCACUGCUUCCGGAGCCUGAAGCGUGGGCUUUCUCUCAAGCUGGGUGCGACGCCCGAGGAUUUCAGCAACCUCCCGCCCGAACAGAGAAGGAAAAAACUACAGCAGAAAGUGGAUGAAUUAAACAAAGAGAUCCAGAAGGAGAUGGAUCAGAGAGAUGCCAUCACGAAAAUGAAAGACGUGUAUCUGAGGAACCCGCAGAUGGGGGACCCGGCCAGUCUGGACCACAAACUCACGGAAGUCAGCCAGAAUAUCGAGAAACUGCGGCUGGAGUCCCAGAAAUUCGAGGCCUGGCUGGCCGAGGUGGAAGGGCGGCUCCCGGCGCGCAGCGAGCAAGCCCGCCGGCAGAGCGGGAUGUAUGAGCCGCAGCCCCCGCCGCCGCCCGUCACCAACUGCGCGCAGGACCGGGAGAGCAGCCCCGAUGGCAGUUACACGGAGGAGCAGAGUCAGGAGAGUGAGGUGAAGGUGCUGGGCACGGAGUUCGACGACGAGUUUGACGACGAGGAACCCCUUCCGGCCAUCGGCACCUGUAAAGCUCUCUACACCUUCGAAGGCCAGAACGAGGGGACCAUCUCCGUGGCCGAAGGGGAGAUGCUUUACGUCAUCGAGGAGGACAAAGGCGACGGCUGGACCCGCAUCCGCAGAAACGAAGACGAGGAGGGCUACGUGCCCACGUCCUACGUCGAAGUGUAUUUGGACAAAAAUGGCAAAGAUCCGUAAAGGCGGUCACGGGAGCCAGACCUCGGGGACCUGCCCUGGAAGCGGCCGCCUGUCCCCCUGCCCCGCCCCGGCCCCACCGUGCAGUGCCCCCUGAGGCUGGGCGCGGCCGAGGCGCCUCUGUGUGCAGUGACCCCGAGCCCCCCAGCUCUUCCUGACAGCAUGUCCCAGGGCCCCACGGGCUGCCUCUCCGCGGGCCGACCCCUGGCCCCCCGCGGGGUCACAGCGGGACACGCUGCAUCCACUGCUCCUUCCUGCGUCCCUCCCUCGGCCCUCGCCCACCCGGCGUGUCCAGGCCCGGCCACGGAUCACACUGUGCCUUCGUGAGACUCGCCACUGGUCCCCUGGGGGGACCCACGGAUCAGGCACUCAGGGGACCCGUUUCCCGCAGGAAGGUGCCCACGGGGGGGCGCUUGUUGAGUUCCCGCGUGUCCACACCCAGCCCGUGCACACACGUGCAUGCACACACUCCAUGGCGGGCGCCCGCGUGCCCCGCACACUCACGCCCCACACAUGCAUGCUCGCACUCCCCCCGGCACAUAUUUCGGGGGCCCUGUCAUCAGGGGCCUGCAAGGGGCUCCCUGCAAACCCGCUUCCCGCCCCCGGGCCAGCCCUGCGUCCACCUUCCCUGAGGUCCAGCAGAGGCCCAGCGCCACCAUCGGGCCCCUGACGGAGCGAGCCUUUGCCCCGGCUCCUGUCCACGUAGCACUUAGCGCCCCCGUCGCCAGAGACCCACGGGCCUGGUGCACCCCCGGCCCCUGGAGGCGGCCGCCAUGCCUUACAGCGAGGAGCCCAGCAGGAGACGACCCCCGGGCAGCUGCCCCUGGAGGUCGGGCGUCACUCACUGGCCGCCUACCUGAGCCUCGCCACAUUCAUGAUGCCCAGAAGGAAGCCGCCUGGGGGUGAGGGGCCCUGGGGUGGGCCAGGCCUUCGUUCAGGGGAGUAGGAUGGUUUUUCGGCAAACCCAGGUACCCAGUGCCACUGUCCUCCGGGUCAGUUCCACCAACCCACCAGCGACAGUCGGGAGGAAGGGGCUCUGGGGGGGGGCGAGAGCUGGGGACCGUCCUCUUCCGCCCCUGAAGCUGGACCCGAAUCGGGGACGGAGCGCCCUGCCUCCACUGGCCUCUCACUCUCCAAAGAAGACAGGCUGGAGCCGGGAAUGGCCCCGGGGCGCCCCGUGCCCACUGGGGGGUGGGGGGGUGGGCUUCCAGCAGCCUCUGUGUUUCCGUCGCGUCCGUGGCCAGCCCCGUGUUGCACGCACAUUUCGUCUUCCAUCCGGGAUAGGUUCAUUUCUCACCAGGUAGGGGAAGGGUGGAUCCAGCGGUCUGCCUCCCGGGUGUAGACUCCCAUGUCCACUAUGCUUGUGCCCUCCGGCCCCCCGCGCCUCCUGCCCUGGGCCACCUUCGUCCUGAACAGAACUGAGGCGUUUGCAGCCUGCGCCCCCCACCCCCACCAGCCACGGCGUCCGUGAGAUGCUGAGUUACGCUGCGAGGGCCCGGAGCCCAGGGCUGCCCACUGGCUCCCCGCCGAGGCUCAGGACGGCUUCCCCAGAGUAGAAACGCGUCUCCCCAGAGCCCUCCUGACGCCCUGGCUGCUGAUGGCGUCAGACAUUCUGGUGUCGGGAGAGCCAGGAUGGACAGCAGGGCCGGCCCGGGGAGCCUCUGAGGCAAAGUGGGCUCAGUACCCCACUCUGGGGGCUUUGGACGGGGGACGGUGCGGGCAGGACCACGGCGGCCCCGCCUGGUCCCGGGCCCCGGAGGGCCAGUGCCUCGCCUCACUCUCAGCUUCAGGGGCAUCCCCCGUGGCCACCGCCCCGGACGGCCUGUGGGGUCUCCGGAGAAGGAACCAAACCAAAUCAAGCGCUUCCCUGGGCAGGCGCGGGUGCGAGGCCUCGUAACUGUUCACCCUCUACACAGUAAAUAAAAGUGGUAACUUCC